UCGCGUCUUCGUUUAUUUGAUGCGCAGAAACAGAUAAGAGGCUGUGCAAAAACAGCUUAGAGAUUGAUAGAGACAGAAAGGUUAUUUGCUUCGCAGAGAGAGAGAUAGAGAGACGUGUUGGUUUCCGGUUAUUUGCUUCAUCUGUGCAGAAAGGGUAGAUAAUUCUGGGGCUUUUCGGAAUUGAAGGAGGACGAACAAAGUAAUACAAAUUGCUUGAUCUGUCUGGUUUUGGAGGUACAGAUCUGGGUUGCUUUUAAUCGGUGGUGUACAUAUCAUUUGGGUUACCUCUGGAGAAGCUACAUAGGUUGCCGCUGGGUUCUGAAGAUCUUUGUUGGCAAAACGAAUAUCAAUAGAUAUGGAAACUUACUCGAAUGCGGUGUCAGAUCCAAUGCCCAAACGGAGAAAAAGUAAGAGAGAUUUACUUUUGCAAAAUGCUGAAAGUGUUGAUAAACGCAAACGAAGAAAGACUACAUCUGCUGAAACAAGCUGCAAUUCUGGUCCAAGUAUGUCCAACAUUCAAGAAGUUGAAAAAGUUGUUUUGCAUGAACACAGCAUUGGACAAGCGUCGUAUCAAAGAAACAAGCAUGGACCAACUUCUACAUAUUUGGAUUUUGGAGAUAUGGCUCAUGUUUGCACUGAUUGUGAUGCUCUAUUUUGGUUAAACGAAUCCAAAAAAAGAGUGUCAAGAAAAGCUGCUCCGAUCUAUACAAAAUGUUGUCAAGAAGGUAGGAUCAAACUCCAGACACCGCAUCCGACACCACCUUUUUUGGAGAAACUACUUGAUCCAAAUAAUGGUCCGCAAAGUGUGCUCUUUAGACAAAAUAUAAGAGCCUAUAAUUCUAUGUUUGCGUUUACAUCUAUUGGAGCUAAAAUUGAUCGAACAAUCAAUGAUGGAUCAGGACCUUAUGUUUUUAAAAUUAGUGGUCAAGUACAUCAUCUAAUGGGUACUCUGUUGCCUUCUCAAGAUGAACCUCCUAAAUUUGCACAGCUAUAUGUUUAUGCAGUCAAGAUGAAGUUGCAAAUCGAAUUCAAGCAGUUGACUGUAACAGAACAAAUAAAAAUCUCGAUCCAGACAUUGUUAAAGGUUUGAUUCAGAUGUUUGAUGAGAACAAUGAGUUGGUCAAGUACUUCCGAACAGUUAAAUAUAAAUUUGAUAAUAAUACUUUGCGGUCUUUAAAUUUAUCAAUUUUA